AUGCGAAGACCAGCAAGAACUCGGCGUUCAUCCGUGUCGCCUAAAUUAUGUUUUUGCUGUGCAAUCAUCUGUUUGAGGCGUUUCAAGCAUAGCCCCCCGUUAAGGUCGAACCAGCACACCGCUGGCUUUCCGAUGUUGUUCGAUUUCGACAACGCAUCUGCGGCAACAAAAUGCAAUAAUUGCGUCUUCCCAGAGGAGGUUACACCUACGACCUCCACUAGGUCACCCAGUUUGGGACUUGAGUGA